GAGAUUUGGAAAUGGCAGAAAUGGGGAAAGUGGUAUCAUGCCGCAGUGUUGGGUCAUGGAAGCAGCAGCUUCUCAAAGCCAAAAAAUACAACAAACUGGUUGUGGUGAAGUUCACUGCGACAUGGUGCGGCCCAUGUCGAGCCAUGGCUCCUGUUCUUGAAGACUUGGCCAAGAAGACGAGCAAUGUCAUAUUCUUGAAAGUGGAUGUCGAUGAGCUAAUGAGAGUUGCUAAUGAAUUGGGAGUGGGUGCCAUUCCUUCCUUUCAAUUUUUCAAAAAUGGGAAGUUGGUGGACAAGUUCGUGGGUGCAAACAAAGAUUUAUUAACAAACACUCUAUCAAAACAUGCCGCAUGA